GUGUUGAGAGGGUAGCCACAACUCAAGUCCUGACUGGGGCAAGGGGCCACCUCCAUAUCUAAAUGUUAUGUAGACUUGGGGAGGAAGGGAUCUUUAGUGUACCUGUUUGGGUUUGAGGAAAGCUGGGCCUUGCACUGCUUUGGGGUUAGAAGUUGGGGUCAGUUGGCUAGGAGAGGAGGGAGGGAGCCAACUAUCCCUGUUGGACAAAGUUAAACUGGGAACUAGGCCUGUUAAGCCCAUUAAAGAAGGUCCUUGCAGGAGUGGGCCCAGAGGACAGAGCAAAAGGGGUGCUGGGGCAACUUCUGUGGUCCAGGUUAGAGUCUGGAGGGACAUACAGAGCAUCCCUUGGUCUACCUUUAAUGCCUUAAGAGGGAGCCCUUUAGACCUCAGUGAUUAGCAUCUCCAAGCCUGGUGGCCAUCCUGGGGACAGUGGCAGGAGGAAGAUAAAAUUCCUGGGACAGACUGCACCCCUAAGAGGCUGGGGGCACCCCAGUCCAAAGGUGAAGCCUGGUGUCUCUGCUGAUCCUACCUCUUUUCUCCUGUCAUGGCCCAGUCCCUCCCUCAUUGAGGCCCUCAGGCCCCAUGGUUCCAGCCAGGGGGAGGCCUGGGCCUGAGGAGGCAGCUCAGCUCUGGGCCCCAAACCGGUUUUCCCACCUCCACUGGGGCUGGCACGUUGCUGCUGUGGUUCCCUCCCCACCACUUCCUUUCAGUUCUUCCUCUCUCCACCCUGGAAUGUUAAGGGGGGGUAUAUCUAAGUCCUCUUUUGUCCCCUCCCUGCCCUGGGUGUGGUCUCUUCUAGAAAGGCAAGGCCACUAUGUAUGACUUUAAAUCAAAAAGGUAGAAUGACAAUUCCACACUUGGCCUUCCAGACUUCUGGCACUCAGAUUUCCCCUGUAGUCCUUGAGGACAACGAAACUAAAGGACUAAGGGACUGCAAAACGUAGUUGGGAUUCCCCUUACCAUCAUUCCUCCACCCCCAUCUGAGCUGUGGAGGAGGAAACCAGAAGGUCUUAAAGGAAGCCCAGCGGCCCCCCCCACCCCCGGCCUGCUCCAGAGUAAGGGGAGCAGGAGCAGUAGUCUUCUCCCUGUUCAACAUGGCCCCUCCCUCAAAUACCAAGGCAAAUCAUUUCCGUUUGUCUCCUCUUCUGCUGGAACUUAGGUCAUCUCAUUAAUGAUAGCACCAACUGAUGUUAAUAGGGCCCUUGCUGUGUGCCAGGUGCUGUGCUAAGCAUUUUCAAUGCUCACAAAUCCCUAUGAGGUAGGUAAAACCAUGUGAAAACAGGCACAGAAAGGUCCAGUAAUGUGGCCAAAGCUACACUGCUAGUCUUUGGUGGAAGCAAGCUUCUCUGGCUGAUCCUAGAAGUGCCUCUUUUCCUGCUACUCUGUGUCCCUUCGCUAAGGAAGGACCCAUUUCCCUAACCCUGUUAAAAACAGUGCUCUUUUGAAAUGGAACUGGCUACUAAAUCCAUUUCUAACUCAUGGAAGAUAGCUCUCGGAAGGAGGUGAGGGGCUGUGGAAGUGUCUACUGGAGCUCUUGCAGCUUUUACUCCCAUACCCCCAGUCCCCAUACAAAUGCAGAUCUUCCAUAAAUACCCUUACCAUUUUCCUCCCUAUUACCCUGUUGGGACAAAUAGGCGAGAACCAUUCCCACUUCGCAAAAGGAGAAAUAAGGAUUAAGGAGUUAAAUAACCUGCCCAAGACACUGGCCCUGAACCCUAGUAUUCUCCCUGGGAAUCUGGGGGACAUACUAUAUGCCCUACCAGGACACUGCUGGGAAGGGCACUAGUGUUGAUGGCCCUAAUAGCACAGAGCUCUGAGGAGGGACCCAGCCAGGAGACACAGUCACACAGCCUAUCACACAAUCCAGCUGGGAAGCAGCAGAUGAUUAGCAGUGGACGCCCCAGUGAAGCUGACAAACAUUGGGAUGCUGCCUUCACUUGGGACUGAUCACUGAAGGAUGGGGAAGGGGAAUCCCAGCCCUGGGGAGGCUGGUGCAGGGAUACUGAGGGCCUGGUUGGCACUGACAGGUUUCAGGGUGGGCCAGUUUGGCUGAUCAGGUGGCGCUUGGCGCAGAUGCUGGGAAGACAACGCCACUUAAUCGCCUUUUCAAAGCUGGGGUUUGGGAGUAAGUAGAGGGAGAAAACUACAACUCCCAGAAACCCCUGCUCCCCGCCCAGCCUGGGAUAGUUGCUAUGGUUUCAGAAAACAAUAUGGCUGCUCCCAGCUGGGAGAAGAGUCUUCGGGUUAGAGAGGCAGAGGCAGGUCUGGUCGCCGUCAGUGGCGAGAGAAGAGGCGCCUAAGGGAUCGUGAAGUUGGGGCUGGACUCUGCACGGCUGGAACGGCCUGGCCUUGCCUUGCCGAGGGUGCCAAUGGCGGGCAGCGUGGACGAGGAGGCGCUGCACCAGCUGUACCUGUGGGUAGACAACAUCCCUCUGUCCCGGCCCAAGCGAAAUCUCUCCAGGGACUUCAGUGACGGAGUCCUGGUCGCAGAAGUCAUCAAGUUUUACUUCCCCAAGAUGGUGGAGAUGCACAAUUAUGUCCCUGCCAACUCUCUCCAACAGAAGCUCAGCAACUGGGGUCACCUAAACAGGAAGGUGCUGAACAAACUGAACUUCUCCGUACCAGAGGAUGUGAUGCGCAAAAUCGCCCAAUGCGCGCCGGGCGUGGUGGAGUUAGUGCUCAUUCCGCUGAGGCAGCGCCUGGAGGAGCGGCAGAGGCUCAGAAAGCAGCGCACGAGCUCCUUACAGGAGCUGGCUCCCCAGGAUGGCACUGGCUACAUGGAUGUGGGUUUGUCCCAGAAGGCCCGAGGGGAAGGCGCCCCAGACCCCCAGGGAGGGGGGCAGGUCAGGGGGGGCCGGCCGCCCGCGCCCCGGCCUCCGGGAUAUGGCCAGGCAGUGCAGGGCGGCGACCCAAGCUUCGUCCUCCAGAUCGCUGAAAAAGAGCAGGAGUUGUUGGCCUCGCAGGAGACAGUGCAGGUCCUGCAGAUGAAGGUGAGGCGUUUGGAGCACUUGCUUCAGCUCAAGAACGUGCGCAUCGACGACCUCUCCCGGCGACUCCAGCAGGCAGAGCGUAAGCAGCGGUGAGCCGUGGCCCCGGCCACGCUGGGAUGACCCAGUACCGGCCAGAACCCAGACGCCGCGAACCGACGCACCCACCCACGCACCCACCGACCCACUGACUGACUGACCAAUGGGCGGGCGGAGCCAGCAGCUCCAAUGAGUCUCCUAGGGAGCCGGCGCGCCCCUCCCUUGGGAUGGGGGCGAGUAUGGGAGGGAGGGUCAGUGAGGCAGGCGCCUUCAGAGCAGAGCCCCUGGACUGAGCCACCUCCUUCCACUCCACCCGGGUCAGGAGAAUGGACCUCUUUCCAGAACCCAGAAGCCACGUGCAGAGACCUCGCAUGCUCCCCAAAGCAGUGCCCAGAACCUCGGGCUCCGCUUUGGUGCUCCCUGCUGUAGGCCUUGGGGGUCGGUGCCCCGGUUCGGUCCACACCCUUAGAAACAGGUCCCAGCCCAGCUCUGAAGACAGCGGCAUCUCCAUCCAGGCUAGCUAUCUGUGCUCUGGGCUGGGGAGGAAGUUGCCCCAGGCAGCCAAGGGAGAUCCUUGCCUCUCCUGGGAGCUCACCUGGGACCCAAGUCGAGGAUGGAGAACACAGCAGAUGGAGAAGAAGGGGUGAGGAAUGGGUUCAGCCAGGAGUGGGGAAGACAUGGACUGUGUCUGUCCCAAUCACCCUCCCCUCCUGUGGGGGGACCUUUGAGAAUGCUUGGAAGUUAUGGGAUCACAUUACCCCCAUUAAAGAAGUUGUGCUGUCUUUCCUGUGACCACCUUCUCUCUCUGCCCAGAUUUCUUGCCCCUCUUAAUGCUGUGUUCCACCAUCACCACCACCCUUUUGAGUGAAAGAGCCUUGUAAGCCCAGAAUGGGUCUCACCUUGUGGGCACCUGGACCCUGGGUGGCCACUGCCUGGAAGGUUGAUGACAGACAGCACAGGGGUUAGAUCUUGUGCACUUGAACAGCCUGACUUCUAACUCUGGCUUCAGACUGACCGCCAAACCCACCCUCACAGUAUCUCCCAACACUGUCCAAACCCAAAUCCAAGCUGAGUCUUCACAUUCUCUCCAAAUGUAACCACUCCCUCACCUCCAACCCUGACCAUUUACGGACCCCCAAAUCUAUCCUCUGUAUGACUCCCAGCCCCUUUCACAGACUGACCCCUAAUUCUAUGGUUCUAUGGUUCUAUGACUCUCAAACCUGACCAAGAUGGUCUGGCCAUGAUGUGACCCUAAAUCUAAUAAUUUACCAACUACUGGUAACAUUCUGAGACCCCACGAUUCUAUUCCCACACUUAUACUCAGCAUAUACCUAGGGGAAACUUAAGGUCUUGUGUUCUGUAUUCUGUGACACCUGUAUAGCAAUGUUCAUAGUGAAAUUCUCUGUAAUAGAAAAUAAUUGAAAAGAACUUGUAUGAGUGUCUAUCAUAUGUAAGAAGUUACCAUAAACUUAGUGGCUUGAAAGGGCAUACAUGUAUUAUCUCAUAUCUUCUGUGGGUCAAGAGUCUAGGAGUGGCUGAGCUGGGUUCUCUGCUUCAGAAUUUCUCCUAAGACUGCAACUGAAGUGUUAGCUAGAGCUGUGGUUUCAUCUGAAGUCUUGAUUGGGGAAGGAUUCAUUUCCAAGUUUACUUGGUUGUUGACAGGGUUCAGUUCCUUGUAAGCUGUUGGGCUGAAGGUUUCACUUUCUUGCUGGUUGUUGGGUGGUGCUGCCCUCCUUUCCUUCCCCUAUGGUCAUGUCCUGUGAGUAUGCUAGCUUACUUCACCAAAGCCAACAAAGAAGAGAGUUAACAGAGUCUGCUAGCAAGAUGGCAGUUACAGUCUUCUCUAAUGUCAUCAUGGAAGUGACAGCUAUCAUACUUGUUGUAUCCUAUUUAUUAGAAGUAAGUCAUGAGCUCUAGGCCACCUUCAAGGGGAGAGGUACACGUCGGUGUGAAUCCUAGGAGACAGGGAUAAUUGGGAGCCAUUUUAGAAGCUGUCUACCACAAGGAGGAAAAAGCAAUAAAAGGAUAAAAGCUAGGACAGCAGUUACCUUUGAGAGGAAGCAGAGGGCAGAGAUGCAAGAAGCAUGCACAUGAGUUAUUUGUAAUGUUUUAGUCCUUGGGCAGGUGGUGGAUUUAUAGGUGUUCAUAGUGGGCUGUUUAGAGACAAGAAGGAGAGAGUGUCAUGAACUAAGGAGUAUGUGCAGUCCAAUUCUGUUCACCUGAGUUCCUAAAAUAAUAAACAUAAAAAUUGAGAACCAC